GCGGGCGUGGGCGGUCCGUUGAGGGGGUGGGGCGUGGAGCCUGGUAACCGUUGCCGGUAACAACGCCCCGCCCCGUCGCGGCCGGCGGGCGGGCGGCGCGAGGCAGCCCGGCGGGCGGGCGGCGGGAGCCGGAGGAGGAGCGGCCGCCGCCGCCACCGCCGCCGCCAUAGAGACUGUAGCCGUGGAGACUGUUACUUACCAACGGGGACCAACACGCAGCAGCCGCCGCCGCCGCCGCGGGAGCCGCUGCCCGAACUCCCGGCCCGAACUCCAGAACUGAGCAUGCAGAAUUCCGAGGGUGGAUCCGAUUCACCUGCAUCCGUGGCUCUGCGUCCAGCGGCAGCGGCAGCCCAGCCUGUGCCAGCAUCCCCUCAGAGGGUGCUGGUCCAGGCGUCGGGCUCUGCUCCCAAAGGGACCCCGAUGCAGCCCAUCUCCCUCCCCAGAGUGCAGCAAGUGCCACAGCAGGUCCAGCCCGUGCAGCACGUGUACCCCGCGCAGGUGCAGUACGUGGAAGGGGGAGACGCCGUCUAUGCCAACGGAGCCAUACGGACGGCCUACGCCUACAACCCGGAGCCUCAGAUGUUCGCCCCCAGCAGCGCGGCUUCCUACUUCGAGGCCYCGGGGGGCGCCCAGGUGACGGUGGCAGCCUCGUCCCCACCAGCAGUCCCCUCCCACAGCAUGGUGGGCAUCACCAUGGAUGUUGGGGGGAGCCCCCUGGUGUCCAGCGCAGGAGCCUACCUCAUCCACGGGGGAAUGGACAGCACGCGACACUCCCUGGCCCACACUGCCCGGUCCUCACCAGCCACGCUUGAAAUGGCGAUUGAAAACCUCCAAAAAAGCGAAGGAAUCACACCACACAAAAGCGGCUUACUCAACAGCCAUCUCCAGUGGCUGCUGGACAAUUACGAGACCGCCGAGGGCGUGAGCCUGCCCAGGAGCUCCCUGUACAGCCACUACCUGCGGCACUGCCAGGAGCACAAGCUGGACCCCGUGAACGCCGCGUCCUUCGGGAAGCUGAUCCGCUCCGUGUUCAUGGGGCUGCGGACCCGGCGGCUGGGGACCAGGGGCAACUCCAAGUACCACUACUAUGGCAUCCGCCUGAAGCCAGACUCCCCGCUGAACCGGCUGCAGGAGGACACGCAGUACAUGGCCAUGCGGCAGCAGCCCCUGCACCAGAAGCCCAGGUACCGGCCAGCGCAGAAGGCGGACAGCCUGGGGGACGGCAGCUCCCACAGCAGCCUGCACAGCACGCCGGAGCAGGCCAUGGCCGCGCAGAGCCAGCACCACCAGCAGUACAUAGACGUCUCCCACGUCUUCCCGGAGUUCCCGGCCCCCGACCUGGGCGGCAUGCUGCUGCAGGAGAGCGUCACACCGCACGACGUCAAGGCCCUGCAGCUGGUGUACAGACGGCACUGCGAGGCCACCUUGGGCGUCGUCAUGAACCUGCAGUUCCACUACAUUGAGAAGCUGUGGCUCUCCUUCUGGAACGCGAAAGCCUGCUCCAGCGAGGGCCCCACCUCCCUGCCUGCCAGUGACGAGGAGCCAGAGGGUGCCGUCCUCCCCAAGGACAAGCUCAUCUCCCUGUGCAAACAUGACCCUGUCCUCAAGUGGAUGAGGAGCUGUGACCACAUCCUCUACCAGGCCCUGGUGGAGAUCCUCAUCCCCGACGUGCUGAGGCCGGUCCCCAGUGCCCUGACACAGGCCAUCCGUAAUUUUGCCAAGAGCUUAGAAGGCUGGCUGGCCAACGCCAUGAGUGACUUCCCGCAGCAGGUCAUCCAGACCAAGGUGGGUGUCGUCAGUGCCUUUGCCCAAACCCUGCGGAGAUACACGUCCYUGAACCACCUGGCCCAGGCGGCCCGGGCCGUGCUGCAGAACACCUCCCAGAUCAACCAGAUGCUCAGCGACCUCAACCGCGUGGACUUCGCCAACGUGCAGGAGCAGGCCUCGUGGGUGUGCCAGUGUGAGGAGAGCUUGGUGCAGMGGCUGGAGCAGGAUUUCAAGUUGACCCUGCAGCAGCAGAGCUCGCUGGACCAGUGGGCCAGCUGGCUGGACAACGUGGUGACCCAGGUGCUCAAGCAGCACGUGGGCAGCCCCAGCUUCCCCAAGGCCGCCCGGCAGUUCCUGCUCAAGUGGUCCUUCUACAGCUCCAUGGUGAUCCGCGACCUGACCCUGCGCAGCGCGGCCAGCUUCGGCUCCUUCCACCUCAUCCGCCUGCUCUACGACGAGUACAUGUUCUACCUGGUGGAGCACCGCGUGGCCCAGGCCACCGGAGAGACGCCCAUCGCCGUCAUGGGAGAGUUCAACGACCUCGCCUCCCUGUCACUGACCCUGCUGGACAAAGAUGACAUCGGUGACAAGCGAGGCAGCGAGGCCGAAGCGGGUGCCCGCAGCCUGGGCGAGCCCCUGGUGAAGCGUGAGCGCAGCGACCCGAACCACUCCCUGCAGGGCAUCUAGCACCUUCCACAGGCACCUUCCCCGAGGUCCUGGAGGACGCCGCCAGCCACUCCAGGGACGGUGUCCUUGGCCGCCCACAUUAGUGCCUCUUAGACGAAGCGACUUGACUCUGACUUGGGCCCACGGUGGCGCCCCCGCCCCGGGCCAGAGACUGCUGACGCUCCCUCCGCACUCCCAGCCGCCGCAGCCACGCGUCACAGCCCUCCAGCCCAGGAGGGCCGGCCGCUGGUCCCCACGUGUGUCCUCCCUCMAUCCAGCUAGUGCCAGUUUCCACCACGAUUUUAAAGAGAAAAGGAAGAAGCCCAGCAGAGCCCGGAGGCGUCCUGUGCUGUCGGCCGGCGCAGAGCUCAGCCUCUGUGGGUCCCUCGGAAGGGAGCAGGGCCCUCACCACGUGCCUCUCGGUGCAAGGGACAAUCUCAGCCAUGCCUGUGGCGUUGUGUGGACAGGCCAUCCUGGGCCUCCUGUCCGGGCCAUGCUGUGCUGAGGCAGGAGGCAGCCAGCCCGCAAGGGUCCCGGUCCUGAUGCCAGAGGCCUCUCCAGUCUCAGCUGCGAGUCGCCGCGUCCCUGGGCGGAUCAGACCUGGAGCUAGAAAAGAGCAAGCUGUGGAAGGCAGCCCACUGGUGUCUGAUCCACCCCAGCCAGGACUGGGGUUCUGUCCAAGUUCAAGCCCACACUGAGCCAAACCGCUGGCUCUGGAGCAAGCUCGCGGGGGGCCGUGGCAGUUGCUGCCGCCAGGUCCUUCUGAACCCUCCCCUCUCAGCAGUUCUGGGGCAUCUGACCCCUGCCAGGUCCCAUCCUGACCUCUUUGAAGCCAGAGCUCUUCUCUGGGGACAAAGGAAAACCAAGGACUUGCACAGCCCUGAACCUGAGACACGGGGACCUGUGUGCCUGGAAAGCCCUGGCCCUCCGUCUCGCUGCCUCAGCUGAGCGCGAGCUCCCUCCCGAAACCAACCUCAGACCGAGCCUCUGUCUAGGAAGCACCGUCCAAUGAAAUGCAAUAGUUUCUCUUUUUGGAAAAAAUGUUUAUAUCAAUA